UAAAAAUCAUAAGCCACCAAAAAGUCGUCAAAGGUAGACGUUUCUGGUUUCGCUGAGUGAUUUUUUUUUCACAAAAACGAAACCGCUAUUUUUUAUCUAAUUAAAUAACAGGAUCACUUGUGGCUAGUUUGGUGUAGCAAAACUUUCCUCGUUGCUGGUGGAUUGUUCUCUUCUGUUAGGGAAAGAUGAAAAUGAAGAAAGCAACGAGCUUUCUUCUGUUAGCUACGGUUCUAUUGCUGGCAACACUGACCUAUGCGGACGAUGAUGGAGUAACGGUGGAAACGGAAGAGGACAACUCGUCUGAUAACACACCUGCCAGCGAUCUUUCAUACGAAAGCCCAUAUGCCGAUCCGGCCAAAUUCUAUUUUGCUGACCACUUCGAUAAUCUGGAACAUUUCUCUUCUAAAUGGAUAAAAUCUCAGGCGAAAAAAGAUGACACCGCUGACGAGAUCGCCAAGUACGACGGCGAAUGGGAUGUGGAGUUGCCAAAGAGGCCAUUGUUGCCAAACGAUUUGGGGCUUGUUUUGAAAUCAAAGGCCAAGCACGCCGCUAUUGCAUCGCGGCUGAAUCGUCCGUUUGUGUUCUCCGAUAAGCCACUGGUUGUGCAGUACGAGGUUAAUCUUCAAGAUGGUCAAGAGUGUGGUGGUUCGUACAUUAAGCUUCUCUCUUCCGGUAAAGAAACCACCGAUCUUAAACAGUUCAGGGACAAAACGCCAUACACGAUUAUGUUCGGGCCAGACAAAUGUGGCAAUGAUAUCAAGUUGCAUUUCAUUUUCCGCCAUGUUAAUCCUAUCAACGGCACCAUCACGGAGAAACAUUGCAGGAAAGCAAAGGAUCGUCUGGACGACCCAUUCAAGGACAAGCAACCGCAUCUGUACCAACUUGUUGUGCAUCCCGAUAAUACUUAUGUCAUUCGUGUGGAUCAUAAAAUUAUUAAUGAAGGAUCUCUAUUCACCGAGUUCACACCCCCGGUAAAUCCUCCAAAGGAAAUCGAUGAUCCGAGUGACUUCAAACCGGAAAAUUGGGACGAACGGGAGAAAAUUGCUGACCCUGAUGCAAAGAAGCCAGACGACUGGAAUGAAGAUGAACCGCCGCAAAUUCCAGAUCCCAGUGCUUCUAAACCAGAGGGAUGGCUCGAUGAUGCAGAAGAAAUGAUACCCGAUUCGAAUGCGGAGAAACCUGCAGAUUGGGAUGUGGAGAUGGAUGGUGAAUGGGAAGCACCGCUAGUUGCCAAUCCAGCUUGUGAGAAGGCAGUGGGAUGUGGCUUAUGGAAGGCCCCUUUGAUCUCGAAUCCCAAUUACAAAGGUAAAUGGCGUGCACCUCUAAUCGAUAAUCCCAACUAUCAAGGGAAGUGGGCGCCAAGGCAGAUACCAAAUCCCGAUUUCUUCGAAGAUACGAACCCCUUCAAAAUGACUACAAUUGCCGCUAUCGGUAUUGAAUUGUGGUCCAUGUCUAGUGAUAUACUUUUUGAUAAUCUCAUCAUCGUCGACGAUGAAGCCGUAGCUAGAGACUGGGCAGCACAAACAUAUGAUCUGAAGAGGAAGCUCAUUGACAAAGAAGCGAAUACGCUAUGGGAACGUGCGAUGAAGUACAUGGGCUAUAAGCCAGGAUACUGGUUUGCUUACUUCAUUUAUUGUUCAAUCCCGGUGAUCGCAUAUGUUUGGUUCCUGCUCAAGCGUCGGGAUAAAGAGAGCACGCCAUCUUCAACUGCACGGGCCAAAAAAACAGAUGAAUAUGUUCCUGAUGACAACGAAGUCAAUGAAGACACUGUCAAAUCAAAAUCCAACCUGAACUCGAAUGAAAAUGAUAGGUUACAAUCGGAAGCUGUGGACUCAGAAAAUGUUGAAAAUGAGAACUAUGGCGAAGACGAAGACGAGGAAAACGAAGAUGAAGAAGUGGAAGAAGGAGUCUCUGAAGGCAAAGAAGCUGCCGAAGAAUUACAUACGGAUAAUAGUCCAAAAACCAAAGGAGCAGAAGGUGGAGUUACUAAACGCAAGUCUAGGAAGGAAUAGUACGCUCAUAUCUAAAGCGAAUUUAAUUUUCAUUCUUUUAUUUAAAUGAUUCUGAUUAUUCCUAGCAACUUUCCAACCAAAAUUAAACAUUCUUUUACUCAUAGCAUGCAACAAAGAGAGAAACCAAUGUGCGAUAUCAUUAACAGUAGAAAACCUAUUUUAGUUCAGAUUGGAAUGCAUAAUUAUUUGCCUUGAAAACAGUCGAGAAUAGGUUAGGAUUUGAUAUAAACUAAUUUAAAUAUGUUCGGAAGAGCAUUUGCCUAUUGUAUAGCACAUAUGGAAAAUCAGCAAUAAAUGUGUGUACCAUUCGUGCCAGACUAGUUUGGCUCACUAAUAACA